AUGGGCCUUUCUUUCGGCUUUUUGAGAUUGAACGAGCUCCGCGUCGAUGACCCGGCGUAUGUGUUCACUCCUUCUGAUGCCAGGUCUUUUGAGUUCAUUAAUUGAAAAUUUUAUAUUUUUUCCAGGUGGCGCAGAGAAUUGAAAACUUUCACAGAGAGCUGGCCUCUCAACGAGAACAAAUUCCUACCUGGCAAAUCUUUUGAAACGAAAAGAUUUGUCAAUAUAUUAAUUCAUGCCAAAGACGGCGGCUCAGUAUUGAGAGAAAGCAUUUUGAGAGAAAUCAAGGUUUUUUUUAAGUUCGAUCAAAGCUCAGAAAAAUCUCCAGGUGCUGAAUGAAUGGAUUUCCUACAACAUCAGUGUUCCAACAGUUGACAGAAGGUUCAAUCUAUCGUACCAGGUGAGAAAAUUCUUUUAUUUCAAAGCUUUUAAGAGGUUUGCAAAGUGAAAACUGUACAAAUUAGAUGGCGGAUGGUUUUUCUUUUCUUUUUUUUAUUGAAAACAACGGAACCAACUAAAAUUCAGAUUUAAUUUUCUGCGGAUUUUUCAAAACUACGUGACAAAAUUUUAAAAUCCAGAAGUUCCAAAUUUUCUGAUUCAAAUUGGAAAAGAAUUAGAAUAAAUGCAAAAUAACCUCAAAAGUCUUCAAGAAUUUUUUACUGAAUUUAUCUAUUACAAAGAACUUUCAUUCGAAAACUUACUCGAUAAAAAAUGCAACAUUUUUCCAGGACUUGUGCCUCAGUUACGACUGGGUAUGCAGCGGUAACGAGCACAUUGAGAUGCUCCUUCAACGUCACAAAGUUGGCCAAUUCAUCGACCUUUCCUAUCCAAGGGGUGGAAAUAAGGUCAUUAUCUUAAAGACUUUCUAUUCUCGCGCUGAAACUCAAUCGAAGAUUCAUGAUAGUUCAGGACACGCCGGUUUAUCUCGGGACCGUCUUGGGUGAUAUCACUCUUUUUUCGGAGAACAACACAGUUUCCGAUGCGAAGAUUACUCAGUUAUUUUAUUUCCUCAAACAACAACAAAAGUUGGUCGAAGGCUACUCGUCGGACUUUUCCUAUGCUGUCGAGCACUUCCUCCAAGACGUUUACUCAUCUGAGUUGAUCGCUUUUUCUUUCGCACAUUAUCAGUCUUUGGAGGUUGGUUCUUCAUUUUUAUCAAGAUUCUGCAAUUGAAAAAUUGGGACAAAGCCCUGAGAUAAAAAUCAAACAGACCAUUUUUGUAGAAACUACCAAAGUCUAACGCGGUUGUUUCAAGUUUUUUAAAGAAAUGUAUCAUCCUUUCGCUUUUUUGUUCAAAUCUUCUAAACUUAAGUUAUCAAUAACCUCACUCAACGUUCAGGAUGGGCUAGACGAGAAUGCAAAAACCUUCUUGCCAAACUUUGUCGUCAGCUUCGUUGUUCUAGCAGCCUAUGCGCUAUUCACAUCAUUUUGCUUGAGAAGAAGUUCUGGAAACCGCAUCGAUUGGAUAAGAAGCAAGCCAUGGCUGGCAUGUGCCGGUAAUUUUCGCCUUCCAACUGGUUUUUAAUCUUAUUUGAGGAAUGUCCACGACAAUUUUGUCCAUUCUGAGCGCUUUUGGUCUUCUCAUGCUAUUGGGGGUGAACUACAAUGUCAUCAAUACCAUCAUUCCUUUUUUAAUUAUAGGUCGGUUUGGAAGUUUGUCAUCCUCAAAUAUCAGAACGCUUUUUUUCCUUCAAAAAGAAAGUUUGAGCUUUUCUCUCAAUUUACUUUACAAUGGAAAAGUGAUGAUAUUUUCUGAAACAGGGAAAUUCUUUUGAAAGGUAAUCGCGUUAAAAAAAAACCUGAAUUUCCAGCUAUCGGAAUCGACGACAUGUUCAUAAUGAAUGCCUGUUGGGAACAAACGGAUGACCGGAUGAGCGUUCCUGAACGUCUAUCAAAAACUUUAGCUCAUGCCGGAGUUGCCGUCACAAUCACCAAUGUCACAGAUAUCAUGUCCUUUGCCAUUGGUUCAAACUCUUACUUUUCUUUAAAUUCGCCAUAUUUUCAGGUUGUAUCACCAACUUGCCCGGCAUUCAGCUUUUUUGUCUUUAUGCCUGCGUUUCUGUUCUUUUCAGUUACUUGUACCAGGUUUAAAUUUUCACCAGAAAGCAACUUAUUAGAUUUUUUCAGUUGACGUAUUUUUGUGGGGCUAUGGCAAUAUUAGGAGACGUGGAAAAAGAGAAACGUCAUUGUAUUUUCUUCUACAAAACUGUCGGUGUCGUGAAUAUCGCCGAGAUGAACAAGUCACAAAAGCCGCUGGAAGUUAAAUUCCCCAACAAUAUGCGGAAAUUCCAACGGACCAGGAGGUUGAAGAGUUCUGAAAAAUCGCUUAUCUGACUUAAAUUUCAGUAAGGAUUUGCCGCAGCUUUAUGAAUCGACUUCUAGCGCUUCUUCUUCUGACAACAGCUUUUCCUCCCAGAAAACUUUACCUAUUGACGAGUUGCAUUGGAAAGAAGGUUCAAUCAAACAGAAAAACCGAAAAAACAGUAAAAAGUUUAGAUAUACCUCCACCGACGUAUGACGCAACUUCAGCGACGACAGCGCAUAAAGUCGCGACUUUUCUUAAAUCAAAAAAUUUUGUGAUUUAGGAACCUGACCGCAUCGUCAAGUUUAUUGGGUCCUCGUAUGGACCUUUCAUUCUGAGCAAUCCAAUGAAGUGCUUUGCGGCUUUGACGUUUUCCGCAUAUCUUGCAGGAGCUUUAUAUGGUAAAUUUUUCGAUUUCCACGGGUUGGAUUCGAUAUUUUCCUCGUGAAAUUAUAAUGUGGAAAUUUUUUCAGGGUGUGCCAACUUCCGAGAGGGAUUGAAUCCAGGAAACCUUGUCACAAAUGAUCACUACAUUGCCAAAUACUUCGAAGAUAUCAAGUCUUUUUGGAAGAAAGGACCUCAACUUCAUGUCGGUGUGAUGAACGCCCCAAAUCUGACUGAUCAUUUCGAGCGGUAAUUUAUUGUGAGAACAACUAAAAAUCAGAAAAUAUUCAGAGAGAGGCUGUUCAAAGUGAUUUCCGCAUUUGAGAACACAAAAUAUACAAUGGGAAGAGAAGGAACUGUGUUUUUCCUUUUUGAAUAUCUCAACUACCUCGAUCAGCUGAAUGUAGAAAUUGAGGACACUGAUCGACUUUGGAAACAGAAAUUGAAGUGAGUUUAGCGUACGGAUAAACAGGAAAAAAGAUCUUCCAGGUCUUGGUUGAAGUAUACCGGGGGAUCGGCACAAUGGGAAAAAGAUAUCAUCAUGAACAAAGAUGGAAGCGUUGAGGCUUUUCGGUUCGAGGUAGUUUCAUGAACAAAAAAAACGAAUAAAAUUUUAAAAUGCUUUGAGAUUGCAAUGAAACACUUGGUGGAACCGAAUGAUCACAAAAAUGCAGCUAGAAUUCUCAGAGAAAUCGCCGACCAACAACCUUUUAACGUUGUCGUUUAUCACGAGGUCGGUCGUUAUAUUAGAAGCCUGUUUCAACUUUUUUUAAGAGUUUUCCUUUUGCUGAUCAGUACCUCAUCAUUCUACCGGCUACAAUUCAAAACAUCAUCAUUUCCCUAGCUUGCAUGGGAGCGGUGUCUAUUCUCAUGGUUCCCAGUUUGCCGUCAGGUGAAUUUUCUUCUGAUUUUUCUUCAGAACUUCUCCAAAUGGAAUCAAGAUCUUGAAAAAUUGAAUAAAUCAAUAUAAAUAUUACAGGAGUCAUUAUUUUCUUCGCCAUCGUCUCUAUAAACGUUGGAGUGUUCGGUUACAUGACUCUGUGGGGCGUGAAUCUGGACGCCGUCAGCAUGAUCUCCAUCAUCAUGAGCAUCGGAUUCGCGGUCGACCUUUCUGCUCACAUCAUCUACGCUUUCGUCACUUCUCAUGGAGACACUCGACAAAGAGUUAUUGGCGCUUUGGAAGUUCUCGGCUGGCCCAUAUUCCAGGUUACUAUUCAGGACUUUUGCUUAAGAUUUUUCAAUUCCCAUGAUAGUGAGAUAUUUGUUAGGUCGGAUGUAGAUGUUAUUUUUUUUUAUCCAAACUGAUUCCACCUAAAAAAGAAGGAGAGUUUUUGGUUUUCAAGAUCAAAAGAUCGAAAAAAAAGGGAAAUUUUCUGCAUUGCCUUUGUCAGAGGAUCUCGUUGGUCUUUUUCAGUUUUUUUGAGCUGAAAUAAAGAUUCUCCAAUCUGUGAAAACAUUUUGAAAUUUCAUUGUUUUGUAAAGCAGAUACACGAAACGCUUUUAGAUUUUUUUAAAGUUUAGAUGAUCUUAUCUUCAUGGGAAAACUUCAGAAAAGCUUUUAGAUUUACCUUGCCAGUAGAAACGACAUAAAGUGCUUUCUAAAAAAAACCAUCGAACUGAAUAAAAAUAUUUCAAAGGAGUGCUUUUUACAGGGGGCGUCCUCGACGAUCGCCGGAAUUUCGAUCCUUUACACUGUUGAUGCUUAUAUCAUCUUAACGUUUUUCAAAACCAUUUGGCUUACAAUGGUCAUUGGAGCAAUUCACGGCCUGUUUUUCAUCCCCGUCUUCCUCACUUUGUUCCCAGUCGGCUUUUUCCGCAUUCCAAAAGUUGUUGAACUCCAUUGA